AUGGAAAAUAAAUGGAAUUACGCCAAUUUUGGUGGUGUACCAGGCUUCUAUGCCGUGCCUAUCGAAGGAACGGAAGAAGAAGGCUACUCCGCUAUAUACCGGAACUCAGGUGCACAAACACUCAAAAAUGCAUACGAUUAUGGAAACUUUAAAAAUAUGUGGGAUGUCUUUCAACAUGGACUCAAAAUGAACCCCGAUGCCCCUUGUAUAGGAAAAAGGGAAAUAAAACCAGAUGGAACAAAAGGAGCAUACAAUUUCAUGUCAUACAAAGAGGUAGAAAAACAAGCUAUCAUUAUUGGAAGUGCACUAGCACAAUUGCCAAUAGUACCACAAGUAUCAGAACACCCAGAAGUUAAAGAUGCAAAAAUGGUAGGAUUGUUCGUAGCUAACUCUAUAGAAUGGCUCAUUCUGGAACAAGCAUGUAACGCAUAUGCAUACACCCUUGUACCUAUAUACAACACACUCGGACUAGAAUCAAUCCACACUAUACUACUGAACUCAAGAAUAUCAGUACUACUAUGUACACCAGAAACCACCAGGACAAUAUUCACAGUACUGGAACUAGGCACAGGAGGCGUGGAGUUGCAGAUGAUCAUAUUGAUGGAAUGCGACACUAUAGAGGAGGAGUUUACUGCUAACAGAUACGGGAUCAAGUUCAUACUAUGGACAGACCUAGAACAAAUGGGAAAAGAUAAUAUCCUACCAGUAGCACCUGCUGAACCCGGAAAUUUAGCACUUAUAUCUUACACUUCAGGCACAAGCGGGGUACCAAAAGGGGUCAUGCUCACUCAAUACAACAUUACUAACCUUAUAGUAGUCACAUGCGAGGAUCAUGUCAAAAAAUCGUUCCCUGAAAAUCCAUUCGAAAGACAUAUCAGCUACCUACCUAUGGCACACCUAUUCGAAAAGAAUUUUGUUAAUGCGACUUACUAUUUCGGGGGGUGCAUUGGACUAUACUCAGGGGAUAUCAAAAAACUAUUGGACGAUGUUCAGGAAAUGAAACCAACAUUCUUCCUAGGUGUGCCAAGACUAUUCCAACGUAUACAUGAUAGAGUUAUGGCUGGAGUACUAGCGAAAUCCGCAAUUGUAAGGGGACUCUUCAACAUGGGACUCACAGCAAAAAUUAACAGAUUGGACAACCAUGGGAUAUACACACAUUCGCUAUGGGAUAAGCUAGUGUUCAAUAAAUUGAAAAAAUUACUAGGAGGACAGGUUCGGUGGAUGUUAGUAGGAUCUUCUAGCAUGAACCCUGUUAUUAUCAAACGACUGCGUGCAAUAUUUGGGGUGCCGUUGCUUUGGGGAUACUCGCUAACUGAAGGGUGUGCUGGAAGUGCAGCACAACACUUCUUCGACACCGACCCGACCGUUUGCGGUGGACCACUGUCCAACCAAGUGUUCCGCCUAAGAUCCAUACCAGACCUACAGUACUUUGCAGAUUCGGAUCUACCAAGGGGAGAACUGCUCAUCAGGGGAAACACUAUCAUGAACGGUUACUAUCGGAAUGAGGGUGCUACGAAUGAGGCACUGGUUGAUGGAUGGCUACAUACAGGUGAUGUCGUGGAGGUCACGUGCAGCGGAGCCAUACGUAUCAUUGACCGGGUAAAGAAUGUUUUCAAGCUGGCACAAGGGGAAUACGUAUCGCCAGAGUUUGUCGAAUCUAUCAUUAACAUGUCAACUUUGGUCGCACAGUCGUUUGUAUACGGAAACGCCGAGGAGAUCAUGCCAGUUGCCAUAGUUGUGCCUGAUGAGGAAGUAAUUGCUAAGUGGAAGUCGGACAAUAACAUGUCAAACCUAUCCUUUGAGGACGUGUGCCACACCACAGAGCUCAGAUUAGCUAUACUGGCUGAUCUGGCACGCCUAUUUGACGAGAACCGACUCCGGGGGUUCGAGAAAGUUAAAGCUAUAUACGUUGACCAUGAACUAUUCGCAGUAGAAAACGAUCUGUUGACAGUCACAGCAAAACUACGCCGCCACAAACUACGUGAACGAUAUUCUGCCGAAAUAAGCACUCUAUAUGAAGAAGCAAGGGCUACCGGCAACUAA